AUGGAAGCCUCCAACAGGUGGCAGCCCAACUCCCUCUCGGCGAUCGACCCUCGUAUCUCCUCCCAUAGGGUGAGAGACGUGAAUCUCAUCCCCGAGCCCUUCUUUCUUGCCCUUCGACAUACGCUCUUGCUCCUGACCUCGGCCAUCAUCAGGAGCCACGGCAAAGUGUGGGGAAGGUACGACAACUUGAUGGACAUCGCUCGACGUCCCAUUCCUCCUCCUCCUCCGAAGCGGGGGGAGAGAAGAACUAUGUCUCAGCAGGGAGGUCGAUGGAGUUUCUACGAGCCCAUCUCUGAGAUGUACGUCAUCAGUCGGGUCAGCGCUCAGACGCCAGGACCAGGAUCAUACGGGGAGAGAGGGACGCCAGACUCAGUACUCAGCACAAGGGCAUCGCCUUUCGGCAAGGUCCCUGGGCCAGGACAGUAUGACACAGACCAUCUCGGAGUGACGGGGAAGAUAGUCUCGUCCUUACAUCAGCCAUCCUCCAAUCAAUUUCGGACGGCUGCAAGAACAAGCCAGCAAAUCUUGCCAGAUAACUACUUCGAGAGCUUUGAAAGCAUGACCAUCAGCGGAGGAAUGCCUUCUGUCCGCUGGCUGUUCCAGUACAUGCAGCACCAGGCGGACAUCAUCGCAAUGGAGCAGCGACUGGCGUGCCAGCGAGUAAAAUGCACAGGCUCGGUAGAUGCGUGA